AUGGCCUUGAGAAACCACAGCACCAUCACGGAGUUCAUCCUCCUUGGGCUGUCGGCUGACCCCGAAGUCCAGGUGCCACUCUUUGUGCUCUUCCUGGGGAUUUACCUCCUGACCAUGAUGGGGAACCUGACGAUGCUGCUGGUGAUCAGAGCUGAUUCCCAGCUCCACACACCCAUGUAUUAUUUCCUGAGUUAUCUCUCCUUCCUGGAUCUUUGCUUUUCUUCAGUCACUGUGCCCAAGCUUCUGGAGAACCUCCUGUCUGAAAGGAAAAUCAUCUCAAAAGAGGGCUGCCUGAUUCAAGCUUUCUUUGUGUUUGCCAUUGGAGGAACAGAAAUUUUCCUGCUGUCUGCCAUGGCCUAUGGCCGCUAUGCUGCCAUCUGCCACCCUCUGCUCUAUGGCCAGAUGAUGAGCAGCCAGCUGUGUGUAAGGCUGGUAUGGGCUUCAUGGAGCCUGGGUUUCCUGGAUGCAGUUAUCAACAUCCCCCUGGCUAUGAACUUGAACUUCUGUGAAGCCCAUACCAUCUCCCACUACAGCUGUGAGCUACCCUCUCUCUUUCCUUUGUCCUGCUCUGACGUCUUCAGCAAUGUCACUGUCCUGAUUGCUUCCACACUCUUUCAUGGCUUUGGUACAUUCUUCCUGAUCUUCUUCUCUUAUGCCCGUGUUGCAACCACCAUCCUGAGCAUGGGCUCCACCACAGGCAGAAGCAAGGCCUUCUCCACCUGCUCCUCCCACCUCACCACAGUGAGCUUCUUCUAUGGAUCAGCUUUCCUUCGUUAUCUCAUGCCAACUUCAGGCUCGCCGCUGGAGCUCAUCUUCUCCAUACAGUAUGGCACAGUCACUCCCCUAGUGAAUCCCCUCAUCUAUAGCCUGAAAAACAAAGAAGUAAAGGCAGCUCUGAGAAGAAUGUUGGAGAAAUGUUUGCAGCGGCUUAAGUAUCAGGCUACAAAGAGAUGA